AGUAUUAUGCUCCUCUGCAGCGUAUUCUCUUCGUGUAUCAGUCGCGACUUCGUCACGAACGCGUAGAUACGUCUAAACGCGUCCCGACAGGCGCAGAAGGGAUGACGAUAAGGCUGGGGGAGUCUCAGCCUUGCGUCGUCUGAAACAGACGUGAGGUCGGUCAGCUUGUUUCAAGGCUCCGUGCAGCUAUUUCUGGCGAGGCUGGCGCUAUGUACGCAGUAGAAAAGACCGGAGAUCCAGUCAAGCCUGUUGACAAUGAACUCUUCAGUGGUUGCUACCUUAUGUAGUUAACUACCUAAGUAGAAGAGUGGUCGAGACUGGAGUUUGGUUCAGCAUAUCCUCACGUGACCGCCUAAUGAGGUCGCAUCUCUGACAUGUCGACUUCAACUUCCUCUCGCAACACCACAGCUUGCUGUCCGUGUUUGUUUCCGCUGCCUGCUCCAGCCGUUUCUGCCGGCUAGACCGGCAGCUUGCCAGCAACUCCAAUGGCUCCAACUCCGGGAAUGGAGCUCAGCGAGCAACAACUCGACUCCCAGAUCCGGCAGUUGCAGGAUGAGUUGCAGAAGCUGCAGAAACAGCGCAAGCUGGUGGAACUGCGCAGCGCAGUUCUACGUGAGCAGCGGCUACUAGAGGAAGCCCAGCGUCAGCUUGAAACAGCACAACCCCCCCCAAUAGCAGACACGCCCAGCUCCCACCCCUCCCAGGGCGGGUCUGCGGUACCUGCACCGCCGCCAGAGGUGAUACCAUCGCCGAGCUACACACCGCCAAAAGGCAUCAAGCGAUCCAGUUCGUCGUUGGAGAGGAGCUCGUACCUGAGCGAGGAGAGCCCGAAUAGCGUCUCCUUUAACACGAGCGCCAAUACUGGCCUUCCCACCACGCUACACAGCGCGACUCCACUGAAUGGCGGCGACCAGAAAACUCCUGAGCCUCCCGGUCUUCCAGGGGUUGAGCCAUACGGAGCAGCUAAUUGGCUGGAGUAUGCCAUCUGGAUGCAGCGCCUCCAGAACUACUUUGCCCGGCACCAACAAUAUUUCCGCACCGACGAGCGCAAGAUCGCAGGGGGUCUGCGCCAGUGUUUCCCAAGCUGCGAACGUGACUGGCACGCGUCGGUUCAAGCGGGCAUCUUCCAGCCGACAUGGUUGGACUUCCAGAAGUUUCUGAGGCGGCCCCUGACACCCGCCAAUCUGUCUCCCCAGGCGGCCAUGAACCGGCUGCGGAAGGCAACGCAAAGAGAUAGCCAGACGGUGCGCGACUUUGCAAUCUACCUGAGCUCUCUGGAAGCGUCUCUUGACAAGCUGCCCAGUGACGAGGAGCGUAUCGAGACCCUCCGCAACGGCUUGCUCCCGGAGAUUCGAGAGGAAUGUCAAGCCUUCUACGACGAGGGGAACAGGAUCUACACCGACCAUAUCCGAUACCUGAUAUCAUAUGAAGGGAACCUUGCCUCUCGACACGAAGUGGUUCGUAAGCGGGCGGCUGCAGCUGCAUCCCAACGGCCAAAGAAGAGGCCAAGAUAUCAAUAAUCGGGUCGGAUGUAUCAUUGACAAGCGCUGCGCGCUACAUUUCGGUUCUUUCUACUUCUUUUUCUUCUUCAUUCUUUUCUUUUCGGAUAUAUUCUUCAACCCGGCUGAAGGGUAUAGAUGUUGUCUUCAACAUCGACAUUUACUCGAAACUGUCAGGCUUAUUAUGUAUAGAUAUCACAGACAAGGGGCCUUAUCAAUACCAUUUGUUCAAGGCUUCAAAGCCAGUAUAUUAUUACUCAAUGAUACCGG